UUUCAUUCACAAAAGAUUUCUUUAAAAAAUUUUUUUUAUCAAAAGCCUUCGUUUACGAAAUUUAAGCACCCUUGUUAUAAGUACAACACAAGACGAUGUAUAGACACAAAGACGUUUAGAGCACAACGUUAUCUAGGCAAUUUACUGAGGAGAUAUCAUGAAGAAACCAUAAAUGACUACAAAAUCCAAAUGGUUAUAAAAUUUGCAAUAAUUACUCUGUUAAUUAUAUCCUUAUUUGUUAAAGUUGCUGCAUCCAAUAAGCUGGUAGUGUUCUGGGGGCAGAACAAUGGGGGUGCAGAGUAUGAGCUAGAAAAGUAUUGUGAAUCAGAUGCAUUUGAUUUAAUCAUUUUGGAAUAUGUUUCUUACUUUUUUUCUACUUUAAAUAAUGACAAUUAUCCUGAAGUAAACUUUACUAUACAUUGUGAUGGACCGUCAUCUCCAAACUAUCCAAUAAAAUGUCCAUCAAUAGAAAAAGGCAUAAAGUUAUGCCAAAUGAGGAAAAAACAAGUCUUGAUAUCUCUUCUUGGUUCCAGUGGAAAAACAAUCACUAGUUAUCAACAGGGCAAAAUCUUAGCACAGAGAAUUUGGGAGAUGUUUCUUGGUGGAAACGCCAACCUUGGACCUCGUCCUUUUGGAGUAGCUAUUUUGGAUGGUGUUAACCUAGAUAUAAAAGGUGGAAUGGGUAUUGGUUAUCCAGAAUUUGUUAAUCAAAUACGUUAUUUAAUGAACUCUGAUGCUUCUCGAAACUAUAUUAUUUCUGCAAGUCCUCAAUGCAUUUUUCCCGAUGUUUUAAUGCACAGUACCUUUUUAUUGCAAGGUCACAAAAUAAAUGAAGUUUACAUACAAUAUUACAAUGCUUAUUGUUAUAUUGGUAGUCCAUUUUUUGAAAGAAAUACUUACAAAUGGUUUGACCUAGCAGCAAAUAUAGAAGAACGAUACCCUGGACAAUCACCAGCACUGUUUGUUGGUCUUAUUGCUAGCAAAAGGAAACAGCAUUAUCAAGAAAUUGAAAAAGUUGCAUCAAUUUAUGAUCGUUUAAAGACUUUUCCUAAUUUUGGGGGUUUUAUGUUAUAUGAUGCUGGCUUAGAUGGACAAAAUAUAAUUGGUGGGAUUAAAUACAGUGAUCAUAUUAAGAAGAUUCUUCAUUCAGGCUACUCGCCACCUGUCUCAAUUGCUGCAAAUAUUGUGCAUGUGGUGCAAGAAAUAAAUAAUGUUGUGGAAAUGCCAAAACCAACACAAACUACACCUGCAGUUACAAAUCCAACAAAGACUGAAGAAAUUGUUAAAGUAACUGAAGUACCAUUAACAACAAUAUCUACAACUGCAGAAACCACUACAACAGAAGCCACUACAACAGAUACGACUACAACAGAUAUGACGACAACAGAAACAACUACAGAAGCUCUCUUAACAGAAAUACCCACAACUGAAACAACAACUACAGAAGCCAUUACAUCCACAUCUACCAUGACCACUGCAUCAACAACCACUCAAUCUACCACAACUGUAUUAUCAAACCUAUUGGCUGUAAAAUCCCAGAAAACGUCACAAACCGAAGAACGAAAGUAUAAGGUGGUGGUAAACUGGGGACAAAAUUUAGUCAGUCGCUCAACAGAACAAAAAGAACUUUCAUUGAGAACGUACUGUGAACGAAGAGCUUAUGAUAUUAUAAUUAUAAAUCAAUUAGACAUUUUUUUUGAUGAAAAAAAUCUUGGGGAUCUACCUGCUCUAGAUUUUUCUCGACAUUGCAAUGGGAGAUUUCCUGGCAUAUAUCCUACGUAUCUAAAGUGUGAUGAAAUUGCGUUAGAUAUUGAGGCAUGUCAAGCAGCAGGAAAAAAGAUUUUACUCUCGCUAGGUGGUGGAAUUCAUUGGAAUGGAUUUGUUAAUCUUGAGCAAGCAAAACUCUUUGCUCAUAACAUUUGGAACCUAUUUUUAGGAGGUCAAUAUAAAAUAAGAACCUUUGGGAGUGUUGUGUUGGAUGGAAUUAAUUUAAACUUUCGUAUUGGAAGUGGCGCAUGGUUUACAGAAUUUGUAACAGAACUGAGAAAUUUAAUGGCAUUCGAUACUUCACAUGUUUAUAUGAUAACAUCUUCACCAGGUUGUUCUUUUCCGAACUAUCGACUAGGAAAAACAUUUGAAGAAGUUGGGGAGAUGUUUGAUGCUUUAUUUGUUAAAUUUGCGGACAACCGGUGUUAUUAUGGUACAGAUGGUUUUAAGACUCUUUUACAAAAAUGGUUGAUGUUAAAGCCAGUUAUUUAUAUAGGUUUGCCUUCUUCCCCACAAAGUUCUUAUGAUAAAGUGCAUUUUGUUCCUCCAAAAGAAGUAGAAAAACUAUUUGAGGAGUACAUAGUAAAAAAUGUUAAGGUGACUGGAAUUUUUCUUGAUGAUGUAAGUUGGGAUGAUUUAAAUUUAAUUGAUGAAAGGCGAUACAGUGACUAUGUUGGUGAGCUAUUACGUCCAUAUGUAUAUCAAGGAGUAAUGACAACAAUGCCUAGCAAAAAUGAAGCCCCCAAGGUAGCAGUAAACUGGGGUCAAAGCCUUGCUAAUCGAGCUACAAGGUAUCAAGAAGGUUCAUUAAGAUCAUAUUGUCAAAGAAAAGCUUAUGAUAUAUUUAUUAUCAAUACAUUGGAUGUAUUUUUUGACCAGCAGAACCAAGAUGGUUUACCAAGUCUGAAUCUUGGGCUUCAUUGCAAUGGGAAGUUUCCUGGAAACUAUCCUACAUAUCUAAAAUGUGAUGAAAUUGAAGAAGAUAUAAAGUUUUGCCAAGAAAAAAAUAAAAAAGUUUUGUUAUCAUUGGGAGGUGGUUCUCGUUGGAAUUACUUUUAUGAUUCAAAUCAAGCCAAAAAGUUUGCCACGACAUUAUGGAAUCUAUUUCUAGGUGGUUCAUACACUAUUAGAGCUUUUGGGAGUGCGAUAUUAGACGGCAUCAAUAUAGAUUUUCGGUACGGAGAAGGUUUUUGGUUUAACGAAUUUAUAAUUGAACUUCGCCGGCUAAUGGAUAGCGAUAAUAGGCAUAGCUAUAUGAUUACUUCUUCUCCUGAAUGUAUUUAUCCAAGCUGGAGACUUGGUAAAACUUUUAUAGAAGUUGGUGACAAAUUUGAUGCUUUUUUUGUAAAGUUUACUGAUAACGAUUGUUUCUUUGACAACGAAAAAGGUUUCAAAGAUUCUCUAGAAAAAUGGCUCUCUUUAAAACCUGUUGUUUAUAUUGGACUUCCAUCAUCGCCGCAAGCGUCUUAUAACAGGUUGCAUUUUGUUACUCCGAAGAGAUUAGAAACACUCUUUAGCGAUUUUGUUCAAAAAUACGAUAAAAUUGGAGGGAUUCUACUGGAUGAUGCUAGUUGGGAUGACGUAAACAUGGUUGCUGGACGGCGGUACAGUGACUAUGUUGGUGAAUUACUUCGUCCUUUAGUGUACACCACUCCGUCUUUAUCAACAACGCCAGCUCCCCAACCUCCUAAGAAAGAUAAAGCUAACGAAAUUGUACUUAGUUGGAUGGUAUUAUGGCUUACUACGUCAUUAUUGUUGUUUUAUAAUGUUUUGCAAUGGGGAUUUUAUUUAUUUCUUAUAUAGGUUGUUUGAAUUUAUAAAUUAUUAUUAUUUUCAUUACUUUGUUUAAUUGAAUAGUAGAAAAAAACGCAGAUGGAAAAUGUACUUUGUUAUGAAUAAUUUUUUCAUUUCUUUAUUUAUUUAUUUAUUUUUUGCUUGUUUUAUUGAUUACAGCGCGCUCUCUGAACAUAUUAACGUUCUAUUUUGAACGUUCGACAGCGCGUUCUUAUCGUUUUAACUCUUUUUUUAUUAUUAAAUCAUUCGGGUUUUUUUUUUAAUGGUUUAAUUUAUUUGAUUAAGUAGAA